AUGGAUCUGCUCGUGCAAAACUUCGAUGCUAUGGAUCAGGAUUCCACAAAGGUUGCAAGCACCAGAGCCCAGAACCCAGCUGGAAAGCUGCUGGAAAGCUGUGAGCACUGGACACUUCCUGAUGCCAAGCUCAGCACUCCGAAGCCCAACCACGACAAGUCGCCGGAGGUACACGCGAUGGCAGUCAUGAGCAGAAGCCUGGUGCGGGCUUUGGAGGGCAUGCUUCUACUAGCCGUGCUGUACGAGCCAGUUAGGCAAGCACUGAUGCCAACUGGAUUGCCUGUCGGUGGGGUCGGUGGCGUUGGUGGUCUUGUCAACCUGGACGGUCCCAAGUUUUGCACCAGGCUAUCAGGACGCUCUGACCAGUACUGUUUCUUUCCUGGUGUCUUUGCAGGCUUCACUGCCAUGGCAUUGAUUGUGACUGGCUUGUGGUGUGCGCCGCUGGUUCUUGGCGCCGCCAGAAUGGCAGUUCACAAGGGGUCGGCGAAUUUCACUGCAACAGAUGCCACGACCGCCUUCUCCGGAAGCGAGGCAUCUGACAAGGUCUGGAUGAAAGCCUGGGUCUUUGUCUCUUGGUUGUGGUUCCUGUUGCCCCUUGUGCAGUUCCUAUGGGAUCCGUUCUUCCGCAGCGGCUUUGUUGCUGUCGCGUGUGCGGUGUCGCUGGCGGCGGCCUAUGCUCUGAGCUGGCAUUUGGCCUUUGUUGCCAUUCCCGUGAGCGAUGCAGUAGCUCCGUGCUUAGGGGUACCACGCAGUGCUGUGUUUGAGUUCCAUAAGAAAGUUGGCUGCUGGACAGCCGUGUGGGGGGCAGUGCACGCUGUGGGACAGAUGAUCUGGUUCAUCGACAAAGGCUUGUGGACCUACAUAAAGCUUUCAUCCCCUUCAGAUGGUGAGAACAUGCUCUACAUAUUUGGCAUGGUCACCGCUUCACUGCUGUUGAUCCACACCCUGAUUGCAUCUCUUCGGAAGCAGCAGUGGCUGGCUAGCACCUUCAAGAAGGUUCACCGCUUGCUGGCUUCUUUGGUGUUGCUGGCCGCAACCGUGCACUGGUGGCCCUUCGUUCUUUUCUUGCUUCCUGCAGUCGCUGUCCACAGCUGCACUGCUGCAGAGACGCUUGCUGCAGCUCUCGGCCGCUCACCCAGCGCAGCGCGGCACAGCUGGGCCCUUGUCGGAGCCUUCUUUGGUGGCUUCGUUGGCCUUGCUGUCGUGUGGUCGGCUAGACAGACCGUCAUGAGUCGCCAGGAUGUAGACAUGAUGCUGCCGUUCAUAUUCCCACCCCUAGCCCUCUUGGCAGAAGCCCUGAGUGCGACAAUCACUGUGGCGCCAUGGGAGAUGGUGCCGGCCCCCCAUCGGCCACAGCGCCUUUUCAUCGCUGCAAGUGCUAUUGUCAUCGGCGUGCGCUCCGAGCACGCCGAUGCAUCAGAAAGCCAUCAGGAGGUUCGCCGAGAGUUGGCAUGGCUUCUUUCGGAGCAAAUCGUCGCUCCAGCUCAGCGUGCAUUGGCACCGAAGCCGAAAGAGAUGUUCACCACCAUGAGGUUCGUUGGGACACUGCGCUGUGGCGGCUCAUGGUGUGCCACGGCCUCAACCUUGCGCAGCCUUCGGCUUCGAAGUGCCGAGGAUAUCUUACAGAAGAUAUAUGAAAGCCAGAACCCGUCCAGUUGCGAAAAUGCCCGCUACAUGGUGUACCACGACGAUAGGACAACAUCUGGAUUUGGCUGGAACGCCUUCAUCCUUUUUGGUGCCUUUUUACACGCUUUUUUGGAGGAGCGCGUCCUCGUAGAAGCCGCUGCAGUCACAGACCGUGACCACACGAAGUGGCACCAGCGAUGGUGCAGUGACCCGCCCCAUUCUCUGAAGUGCUAUUUUCAAAGCUGGAGCAGGUGUGAGCGUUCAGACCUGGUCGCCAAAGCCAUCCGGCAGGAUUUGUCCACUCUUCCAGACUGGCAGAAUGAUGUCGACGCAGGCAAGCAGAAUUCAUCGUGCACUUGCAACGAACGGCAGGUUCUUUGGCGAGCAUCGCAAAGAAGUGACGAGGCCUUUUUCCCCAGCAUUGUCUCGAAAGGGAGAUUAUGGUGGUAUGCUGCCAUGGUUCGCAUCCUCAUGAAUCCUCUUCCAUGGCUCCAGGAUGCAGCCGAUCACUUUGCGAACGUGCACGGAAUAAGCCAUCGUCCAUUUGUUGUUGCAGCAGUUCGGCGCGGCAACAAGAGUGUUGAGGUGCCCGACAUCGAGAUGCGCGAGUUUACUUCGCAGCUCAAAAUCUUCAAGGAACAUUACGGCAUCGCAGAUGUUCUGCUACAAACCGAGGACCAUGCGGAACUGCAGUUUCUGGAGCGAUGGUGCGGAUAUCAGGGACUCCGACUUCAUUACACGGCCAACGAACGCACUGGACAGGAUCGAUUCAGUACUCGUUUCUGGCAGUCUCAAGUGAACAUGACUGAGGAAGGCCGCGUUGCUGCAUUGAAUUUGGUGAUUGGCAGCAAGGCUGUCGCCAUUCUUGGCUCCUUCCAUUCUGCCUGGAUGAAAGUUCAACCAGCCUUUAUGAUGGCUGUUCAAUGGAAGGCAGUCUUGGUAAUUGGCCUUGCUAGCCAGGACUACCAGAAUUAUGGUUCCCUCGUGGGUGAGGAGGCACGUCUGACAGCCAACGAAGCCUUGACCCCGGUCACGACGUAUAUGCCCAUCUUGGACGAGCUGAGCCAGAGCCUGCGCGAGGCAACUGUUGGUCUCACGCUCUGCAGCCUCCGGAAGAAACCAAUCAACAUUGCUGUGUUAGCUGUUAGCUUUGGCAGCGUUUGGAAACUUGCAGUUCCGGGGCGUGAUAAACUCCUCGAUGCGAGGCAACGGGGGAUUCGGUAUUCGCCCAAAGACACAGGUCUUCUGGACACCCUGACGAAGUUCUACUUGGUCUUGCCGGCAGAGGAACGGAGCUCCGCUUUGCCAUUCGUGUUUCUGACCGGCCACAUCGGCCACCCAAUGCUGACACCGAAGCCAGUCGAGUCUGCACAUUCAGACUUCCUACCUGAUGUGAUGCCUGAGCCCUUCAAACCUGCAGGGCAGUCUAGCCUUGCUAUGCGGCGGCAGGAGCAGACUCGGUUCACCAGACUGAAGCAGUGGCUGAAUCCCCUCAAUCUCUUCAUUGAAAAGCACUGCAACUGUGGCAACUAUAGUGUGCCACAUGGCGGAACGGAAAAGAUAGCCUUCACAGUUCUGAACCACCGAGACUCCGGCCGUCCGGCCCUGAAAGGAACCAAGCUGCGAAUUGAUAAGCUCGUCGAGCAAGACUCGACACCUGGCAAGCGCUGUUGGUCCCAGAAGUCUCGCCAAGGGUGCGAUGUGGCUUUCUUGAACGGCUUGCCAUACGUGGUUCGCAAAAUGACGCAAAGCGGCGUCUGGAAGGAGUUCCAAAGCUGCUGCAGCUCAUCAGAAGGAAACAAGUGGAGGCACAACGCUGGUCAGAAAGGGCUUUGCAGUAACGAGACAAGUAAUGAUAACGAGUCCUCUGCAGGAAACGUCAACAUCCAGAUCAACAAGAUUCUGGACAUGAUGAAUUAUGUGAAGGGUAACUUCGUCACCCGCAACAUCCGCAAAGCCUACAGAGCUGUGAGGAGCCGGAGAGCAACUUAUGAGAUCCCAGAGGUGCAAGAGAGGAACACAGAGCAAGGCGAGCUUGUGGGGGGCGCGUUCGUUGGUGCGGACCGCAAGCGUGGCAUCUGGGUGGAGGAGGAGGCCCGGUUUCGAAUGCAUCCCUUGACCCAGCUCGAAAGGUGUAGCCUCGUAGCCUCCUUGAAACAUCCGAAGUACAAGAGCCCAGCACAAGAGGCAAACAGCCGCAUUCCAAAGUACCAGAACGACUUCCGAGAAGCUUUGGAAGAGGAGCGGCAGAUCAGCUCCAGGCGGGGUGCGAAGUACAAGCGGCUGACGGAGGAGAUGUUCAAUUCCAUUGGUGAUCGGGGCAUCCGCCGUGGCUUCUUCAGAGAGCUGAGGUACGACGUGGUGAAGCGCCAAGCCCGGAAGGAGCUGAAGGAAGGCAAAGAGAGCUUUCUGAAGAUCCGAUCUCUUCUGGAUAAGCUCGCCAGCCGCAUCGCUGUCGACGAGGAGAAGUUCCCGGAAAUAACGGAUGACGGCAACAGCUCCUUUAAAGAAGUGAAAUUCGUGAUAGUUGAGAGUGGGCGAUGCGAAGACGAACCUCACCGCCGCAAAGCCUCCAAUCUUGAGUGCCGGAACCGUGCCAUGCAAGAGCUGGGCUUGACAUUUAAGGAGGCGAUGUAUUUUCGUUCGGCAACCCCCGCAGGCUGCGUGACCUAUGGGGGCAACAAGGCAUACUUCCGCGACACAGCAUCUGGUGGAGACUGCGGGAGCCGCGGAGCAAGCUGCAUCUGCGCAGUCAGGGUGGCUGGCGCGUCCAACAUGCCCUCUUGA